GCGAGACUUCGCCAGUAUAAAUUUUGGGGCGUUUGGUCUUUCAGAGCGGUGACGGCUGGUUAAGGGCCUGUGUUAUCGGAGGUAACCAUCGGACAGCUGUUGGUCUCCACUGUUGUGCCGAAUCGGCUCCAGUUCUGCAAAACUUCCAGGAAUUGGCAGAACAGCAGUUAAACUACCCAAAUGGCAUCGGAGGUGGCAGCAGCAAGCGGUAUGAAGCAGGUCCAGCAGGCCCAGGAACAGCUGGAGAAUGCAAUCAGUGGUGUGCUGAAGGCUGAGCAGCAGCUGAGAGAAAACACUAGAGAGGUACGCUCUGAGCUGCAGAGUUGUGUGAGCCGCCAGCAGGAAGCACUGCGCUGCAGGGAGGUGUGGCUUCUGGGUCAGAUUGAGCUGCUGGAGCAGGUGAAGACUGAGACGCUACAGCAGCAGCUGCACCAGCUACACAGGCUUCGAGGUCAGUUUGACAUGAUCGCCCACCAGCUCCAGAACUCGGGUAACAAAAACGGCAACAACCUUAACAACCAGCUGACCGCCUGCAUGGAGAACUUGUCGUCUUUGAGUCUCACCCCAGAUGAAACGCCUGAGCUGAGUUUCCAGGCUGACGCACGCUCUUUGAGGCAGGCAAUCACCUCAUUUGGCAGAAUCACAGCUCAGCUGGUGGAGGGCAUGUCCUGUCAGAACUCCACUCACAACGUACAGGCGCAGACUUGUCCAUUCUCAGACAAACUGAGGUCUGAGGAAGCGGCUUUGAGCCAGUGGUUGGUAGGAAACAGCCCAGCAAACGGCAGCCGUCUGAUUGGCUACCAAUCCAGCACAAACCCUCAGGAUUGGCUGCUGAGAUGUAAAGAGAGCAAGACUUCCUGUCCUGUUCGGGCCUCUAUAGACUUCCUGCAGGCCUGGGGUCAGCUCCAAGACCUGGAGGCUUGGCUUCUGAAGGACCAGAACCAGGUGAGCAGAGACUGCACUAGUAGCAGCUGCAGCUCCACCUUCUCCAUUGAGAAAAUCGACGAGUGCGAGUUCCUUACUGAGGAUGAGGAAGAGCUGAGCGACUGGCUACUCACCCCGCCCACUGUUGCCAUGGACGCUGUGUUGGAUGCUGAGCGCUGGCAGCAGGUUCUAAAGCCUUUCGAGGAGACCUGGUCCUCCAAUGACUGGCUGUUGGAGAGCGUCCCUGCUGCAGACUGCACCUCCUGCUGUCAGGCCCCCAAGGCCAUGGAGAUUGAGAACCUGGGCCAGCUGAAGUGCCUAAAGACCCCCUCUGCCCCCGCAGUCACUCUGGAGACGUGGCUUCAGCAGGUAGCACCAGUGCAGCAGACCUGCAGGGCAAACGAGCCUUGUUCCACCUACGCUGACUGUGUCUGUGACGAGAACUGUGGGAAGGAUGCUCUUAACCGCUGGCUGCUGCAGCAGGAGGGGCGGGACAAAAAUGGAGUCUCUCUAAACAAGAAUGCCCCACCCACUUCCUCCUACAGAGACCAAGAGCAAAAGGUUCAGGCCAUCCUGGAGGCCUGGCUCCACCCCAGCACAUGCAGACCCUCCCCUCCCACAACCUGUGAAAGUCCAGAGGAGACCUUAAAUGUCCGCCGCUCCCAGUUCUUGUCUCCCUUCACCCGUCCUCUAAAUCCAGAUCUCUGGGUUCAUCCUGACACAACUCCUGGCUCAGGUUCAGCUAAGGAGGAAGAGGAGGCUGACAAGUGGCUCCUGAAGAAAAAAAGUCGUGUCCAGGAUUCGGCUGAGGAGGCUGACAAGUGGCUCCUAAAGAAGAAGAGUCAGGUCCAGGAGCGUUUGAUUCUUCCUGCUGUCUGCGAGCUCUUUUCCUGUAUGAAACUGGGCGGAGACAAAGAAAAGUGGCUGCACAGAGCUGCUGUCCAGAUGUGAAGACUACAGUGCUUCCUCUCCUGAGUCACUUUAUCGCUGAUCGCACAUAAUCUCAUUAUCACUUCUGCCUUCCUGUGAAAUCACAGCCCAGAAGCUCUGCCCAUCAUGGUCCAGUGGAAUGUUCUCUGCAAGAAAAAAACUUCAGCCCAUAGAGCUUCUGUAAACCAGACCAGGGGGUGGGGCUUUAUAAUGUGGGUGGAGUUAGUUUAGACAAAUCUAUUUUAAUGGAGCUUUUCUAAAUAAAAUUUAAAAGUAGUUUAACAAUGUAAGUAAAUUGUCUGUUACAGCUGACCUCAGUCAGGAACUUCUCUCCAGGCUGAAGGCGGUGCAGAGGUUUCUUAGACUGCCUGGUCGCAUGACUGUGGUCAGCUGUGAUUUUUAAAUGUUUAAAAAAUGAUGCUCAAAAUGUGUUCUGUAUUUAAAUUCUUUAAUAAAAUGUAUUGAAAUAUUCUGUGACCUCAUCAUUGU